CUCUCCAAACGCUCAAAAGCAUUUGCAGAAUUGAGCUGAAGAAGAGAAGGAAGCAUCGUCUCUGUAUGUAGCAAUGGCUUCAGGCUGGAGCAGAGGAGCAACCGUAGGCCGCGGUUCCUCCGCCACCGUCUCCCUCGCUACACUCCACGAAUCCGGCGCCCUCUUCGCCGUCAAGUCCGCCCAGCUCCCCUUCGCCGCCCAACUCCGCCGAGAGCACUCCAUCCUCUCCUCCCUUUCCUCCCCCCACAUCGUCCGCUGCCUCGGCGCCGAUGUCACCCUCGAAGGUGGCAGCGAGUUGUAUAACCUCUUCAUGGAGUACUUCCCCCGCGGCACCCUCUGCGACGAGAUCAGGCGCCAGGGCGGCCGCCUGCCGGAGCAGGAGAUCAGUCGCCACGCGAGGUCGGUGCUGCUGGGCCUCCGCUAUCUCCACGGGAUUGGAAUCGUCCACCGCGACAUCAAGGGGAGCAAUUUGCUCGUGGGUAGGGACGGCGAGGUCAGGAUUGGCGACCUCGGCUGCUCGUUGAGGACGGGCGUCGCCGCCGAGGCGGGCGGCUUGGCGGGCACGCCGCUUUUCAUGGCGCCGGAGGUGGCCAGGGGACAGAGCCAGGGGACCGCGGCCGAUGUUUGGGCGCUGGGAUGCACUGUGGUGGAGAUGGCCACGGGGCGGCCUCCUUGGGCCGGGGACGUCACCGACCCGGUCUCGGCUCUUUACCGGAUUGGGUGCACGGACGCGGUCCCGGAGAUGCCGGAGAAUUUGUCGGAGGAAGGACAGGAUUUCCUCGGGAGGUGUUUCUGCCGGAAUCCGUGGGAGAGGUCGACGGCGGAGGAGCUGCUGCAACACCCCUUUGUAAAUAAAUCGAAGAGCAUGGAAGUCGAAGGGGAGCCGUUUUCCGACUCGCCGAAGAGCAUUCUUGACCGUGAUCUUUGGAAUUCUCUCGGAGACCGCAGCACCCAAACGGGAACCGAGUCGAGCGGUUCCUCCCCUGUUCUUGCCCCCGCUCCCUCCGCCGCCAAUCGAAUCAGAGCCUUGUUCUCUCCUGUUGCUCAAAAGCCAGAAUGGUCAUGGGGAGAGAAUUGGGUGCCUGUGAGGGCCAAUGCACCGGAGACUUCGCCGUCGCCGAGCAUUUCCGGCGCGCAGGAUUCAAGCGAGCCGGCGAUUGAAUCGAUUACAAGCGAGAAGGUCGAUGAAUGCCCGAUUGAAGUGGAGAACUCGGCUGCUCUGAACGGUGGCAUCGAAAAGGAGGAAGAAAUUGAAGAAGAAGACGAACAAGAAGAAGAAGAAAUCGAUUGUCAGUCUCAUAUCAGUAGAUUGAGUUGUCCUAUUAAUUCCAUUGAUCUUGUUAUCAAUCAAAUUGUUGAUAAAUAUUCAAUUCAAACAAUUUGCUCUCUCUCUCUCUCUCUGUGUGAAAUGCCCACUUCGGUGAUUGGGUGUGAAACCUUGUUGCCGACUUUUGGUGAUUACUCUGAUCCGCACCACUGUUCGGGAACGAUGGUGCCGGUUGGUGGUGGUGAUUUCUUAUAUUUUCCGGCGACUUCUCCGGUAGCUCACCGUGAGUCCGAGCCCAGCUGA